AAAACUGUCAUCCAUUGUCGAGUUUAACGAUUGAGAGGCAUUACAUGUCAGCUGGUGUAAGGAGGAUUGAUGUCCAUGAAGGACGGAUAAGGGGGACGCUUUUCCUACCCCCUGGAAACGGUCCCUUUCAAGGAGUUAUAGAGUUACGUGGCAAUACUGGUGGGUUGKUUGAAUACAAAGCUGCAUUACUAGCUUCUAAUGGCUUUGCAGCAUUAUCCUUGGCUUAUGUCUAUCACGACGACCUUCCAAMAAGAAUGUCACUUGUAGAGCUGGAAUACUUUAUAGAGGCAAUAAGUUGGCUCAARAACCACCCGGCAAUCAUUCCUGGGGGAAUUGGGKUGGUUGGGAUUUCAAGAGGAGCUGAAGUUAGCCUUUACAUAGCUUCAYACUCCAAAGAUGUCAGUGCUGUAGUAGCAAUUAAUGGAUCACCUGGGUUAUCUAUUGCAACAAUGCAUUAUGAAGGGAAGCCAUUACCCKUUGUUAAGGCUGACAGAUCGAAAAUUGCUGUUUUGGAUGGUUAUAUCCAUCAGUGGAAAGACAUGUGUAUUGAUGAUUGGAGCGGAAGUAUUCAAGAAAACCCCAAAGUMGCUCCUGUAGAAAAUUCUARCGCAUCUUUUCUUCUUGUUUAUGGUWCCCAUGAUCUUUUGUUAGAUGGACAGUCAGGUGCAUCCAGGAUCUAUGAGAGAUUGAAAGCAUUUGGUAAAGAGGCUCAGUGUACUCGUCUUGGUUUCCAUGGUGCUGGACAUCUGAUCGAGCCCCCUUACAGCCCUGUUUCCUUCAUGAGUUAUGUUGAGGUAAUUGAUAUUUGCCUUGCCUGGGGUGGACAACMAAAGGAACAUGCAGUUGCACAAGAGCAUGCGUGGUCUAGAAUACUGAGAUUUUUCUAUGAACAUUUACCUAGAUGUAAUUAUUAGACAUAAUUAAUAUUAAUAAUUAAUAUUUGUCUUUUCAUCCAAUUGGCAUUUAUGAAUACAUAGAUUUAUAUCUCGCGUCGGUGUUUCAGGCCAACGUACCUUUCACUACCGAGCCGUCAAAAUAUAGAACAGUCURGACGAAACUUUGAAACAAAGUUCAUCGUUAGAAGUUUUUAAGUGGACUUUAAAAACUAACACACUUUUAAAGCAGAACAAUAGUUAGUCUAGUUGCCAAAUUUGAAUUUUGUAAAUUAGCUUAGAUUAUAUUAUCCUUUAGGCGCGUAGCGUGGACGUUUUGCCUAGUACGCACAUGUCAUUUUGGAUAUGGGAGUCUAACGACAGCCAAAGGCGGGAGUAUUAAGAGAGUCUGGACCUCCCCAAGGAAAUUUUGAAAUAAUAACUCUUGUAAAUGCGAUUUCCAGCGUUUUGACAGACAUCAAGGGCAUAUAAAAGGAAUCAAUUUUAAUCAAUUUUUCAGUAUUUUUUGUAAACAUUUUGUUUCCUUGCCACUAGUACGCACGUGCGUAUAUGCGUAAAGGACGCUACGCGCCUGUCCUUUUUACUGUAAAUAAUUAUGUAACAACCUCUUGUAGGAUAUAAUUAUUAAAAUUCUAUUCUAUUCUAUGUUAUCCA